UAAAACUACACUUCCCAUGUUCCGUUUCCAACAUGGCGGACUGAGAGCUGGGUGCGAUUUCUACAGGAAAUACUUUCUCCCACGGCCGUGUGUUUGUAAAGGGCUGCCAUUUUACCGAGCUUACGGAAAGGACAACUGAAGAUCAUGAAAGAUCAAGUGGUUCAGCUCACAUCCAGCUUAUACCAUGAGCAUUUACUUGGGGCAAUGUGGAAGUUAAGGGUAGCAGGGAAUCUGUGUGACCUCUCGGUGCAUGUGAAUUUUCAGGGCGAACUCAAAGAAUUUACAGCCCACCAAAUAGUGCUCGCUGCAUCCAGUGGUUAUUUUAAGUCUCUCCUCUUAGCAGAUAAGCGAGUAGAAAAAAUAUUCUUAAACACCGUCUCACCCGAAGUCUUCAAUACAUUUUUAGAAUAUGCGUAUUCUGGAAAAAUAGAAGUUGAGGAGCGUUGCCUUGACCGCGUAUUGAACAUGGCAAAGCUGUUCGACUGCCAAGACUUGGUGGAAGCUUGCAGUACCAAACUUCAGCAUCGUAAAUUGGAAAAUGCCAGUAUCAUCCAAGGCAAAUUACUGAAGGAAAGGUCCAAAAAGGCUGUAAAGAGAGCACUAGAUAACAAGAAAAAACUCAAAAUUACACUGAAAAGCAUGAGCACUGAGAGGGGGGAGAAAAUAGUGCUGCAGGGCAGGAGGAGCAGCAGGUUAGCUGGCCGCAGAGUUGUUGUAGACUUCAACAAGAAGAAGCCAAACCACAAGGCGAUAAUUCCUCCAGAGGAUUCUGAAGUCAGUUGCAAUCAAAACAAAUCAGAUGCAACUGAAAAAGCAUUUCUGAAGGUUGGAGAAACGGAAUCAGAUGUUGCUACUGAUCGGGUUUUACCCGAGAAGGAAGCUCUUACUGACAGUGGCUCGGAAUCGCCAGACACUUUUAUCCAAGAAGUGUCAGAAGAAGAGUUUCAAGAUUCUGACUUCAUUCCAAACGCUGCAGUCGAUGAAACGAACGCAGCUGAAAAGAAAUCCAAGCGAGUUAGCACAAAGUAUAAUUGUGACUCUUGUAUCCGUUCAUUUCGCUAUGAGAAGAGCUACUUAAAACAUGUUAAGGUUAGUCAUGGGAUCCAGACUGACAUGACUUAUCGCUGCCGCAUCUGCAAGCAGACCUUUGCCAACCGCUGCAACCUGAAGAUUCAUGAGCGCCAUGUGCACAGUGACGAAAGACUCUUUAUUUGUGGCAUGUGCGGUAAAGCCUUCAAACGCAAGAAGGAUGUGACGAGGCACAUGAGGCGGGUGCACGAGGGAGGGAUAGAGCGGCACUUUUGCCCAAUCUGUGGCAAAUCUCUUAGUUCAAGAACGGCUCUUACCCUGCAUGAGAGGACGCACACUGGAGAUAAACCGUACAGCUGUGACGAGUGUGGAGCCCGAUUCUCCCAGAGCUCAGCACUUAAGACACAUCAGCGGAUCCACACUGGUGAGAAGCCUUUUGCCUGUGAUAUGUGUGAUGCCAGGUUCACCCAGAGCCACAUGCUGGCUUACCAUAAGCGAUCCCACACAGGGGAGAAGCCCUAUAUGUGUGAAAACUGUGGGAAAAGCUUUGCCUCUAAAGAAUACCUGAAACAUCAUGCAAGAAUCCAUUCAGGCUUAAAGCCAUACAAGUGUGAAAACUGCGGAAGAGCAUUCGCACAGCGUAAUUCUCUCCACCAGCAUGUGAAAAUUCAUACAGGUGAGAGACCUUACCACUGUAAAGACUGCGAUAAGCAGUUCACUCAACUCAAUGCUCUUCAGAGGCAUCAGAGGAUCCACACGGGAGAGAAACCCUACAUGUGCAGCAUGUGCGGCCGAACGUUUACAGACAAAUCUACUGUCCGCCGACACACUUUAACCCAUGACAAAGAUACACCUUGGAAGAAUUACCUAGUUGUGCUGGAGGGUAAUGUAGAGGAACGUGUAAAGAAGCCAAAAGGUUCAUCUGUAAGGAAGGAGAAGGCAGCAGUAAAUCCAGAUGAACAUCAGGCAGUGGAGGAUCAGACUGACUCUAAAUCCCGGGAGACUGAGUCUGUGCCAGUGGAACCGGUGACCAUCUCUGGAGAUUGGACUGACCCAGGCACCAUCACUGUGGUCAGUCAUGGAACACUGGGCAAUCUGACUGUUAUCCAGACAGAGAUGCCACCUGGUACACAGCUGCAGCCCAUCGUCACUGCAGACGGAGCCAAUGUCAUUUCAUUGGAGGGUUCAGCUGUCGCCAUCCCUGUUGCUCUGCCCUUCCCCAUUCCUAUCUCUGUUGCGCAUACCAUCUCUGGCUCAGCCUCGCUGACCAGGACGGUCGCUCUCGGCGAACAAACUGCUGUUUCUGAUGCCAUCUCGGCUCCAGCAACCUCAGCAGCACCUGUAGCCACGGUCACAGAAGGCAUUCUCUCGCCAGUCGAAGUCACUUUGUCUACAUCUAGUGAGUGUGUAACAGCACAGUCAGAGGGGAAGCAGGCUGAGGAACAGACCAGAUUUACAGGAGGGAACAACUGAGUAUGUACAGACACUGGAAUUAGAGCUCUCUGCAAGAGUAGUUUUAAAGGGUUUUGAUGGGGCUUAUCUGUACACUAUCAAUUAGGUCUCUGAUGGGUCUUGAUCUAUUUCAUGUAAUUAUAGUAAUGUGUAUUGUAUAGACGAUUGUAAAUGAUCAUUCCCAGAAGAAAGAUUCCUUGUCCAUUAAUAGGCUGUUUUAACCCAUUUCAAUAGUACAAUAAGAAUGGCGAUAUCAAAACCAAUCCCUCUGUGUUAGUAUUGUGUCGUGCAGCUUAAAGAUCUCAUACAAGAUUAAUGGACCAGCAGCUUUUUAAAAUAAAAUUUUAGGACAGGUU